AACCGCGGGAAUAUUUAUUUUGAAACUUUUAGUUAAAAUGAAAUCUUUUACAACGAGGAACAAGAAACUGUGUUAUAUUUGUCGCAGACAUUUCAAUGAAAUGUUACCAAAAAGUGAAGUUAAAGUUAUUAAACAAAAAAUAACAGAAACACAGGAUAACCUCCAAGAAUCUAUAAACGAAAAUAAACCACAGAAUACUUCAAAAGAGUUUCGAAUAAAUGAUGUAAAUAUUCAAAUGAUAUCAAAGAAUAUUUAUGAACAGCUGUUUCAAGUUCCAACAAAAACUGAUUCAAAUUUAAUUAAAAGUUGUCAAGACCACCUGCAAAGACAUGGUAUAAAUAUUAAAGAUAUUACUUAUAUGCAAGAUGUUGAAUUUCACUUACCGAAACUGGAAGGCAAAGACAUUGUAGAACAUUUCUAUAACAUUGGAGAGAGACAAUGUGCUCCUUACAGGGACUUGCUAAAUACAUUAUCAGCAUGCAGUCUUCCACAGUUGCCCAAGAAAUGGUUGAAACAGCAAGGCUGGACGAAAUACACAGCAAGUGGUGCCCAAUCUGUUCCCUAUCCACCAGAUAAUGCUUUGAUCCUUGAUGUAGAGGUACUUAUGAAGGCCGGCAAGAGGCCGACAUUAGCCUGUGCAGUCUCUCCUGAUGCUUGGUAUGGCUGGGUAAGCAAACCCUUAGCAAAUGGUGAUGGGCAUAAACAGUUUGAUACUGUAGAGUAUGAUGACCUUAUACCAUUAGAAACUGACGGACUAGAAUCUGGCAGUGAUCUAGAUAGACCGAGAAUAGUUAUAGGACACAAUGUCUCCUACGAUAGAUCGAAAAUAAAAGAACAGUACUGGCUGAAUAGAACAGGUGUCCGUUUCAUGGAUACGAUGUCAAUGCACACGUGCGUGAGCGGCGUCACGAGCUACCAGCGCACCGUCCUCAAGGCUAAGAACAAGGAACCGGAUCCAUCUGACGACGAUUGGAUGGAGAUCAGCUCAUUGAACAGUUUGACCGAUGUACAUAAGCUGUAUUGCGGUGUGCCGAUAGACAAACAAACUCGUGACGUUUUCGUCGAUGGCACCUUGGAGGAUGUUCAUCAGAAUUUCCAGGAUUUAAUGAAGUAUUGCGCCGGAGACGUGGUCGCGACUCACAACGUGCUGCGGAAACUUCUGCCUUUGUUCCUCGAGAGGUUCCCACAUCCUGUGACGCUGGCUGGCAUGUUGGAACUGGGUUCAGCAUACCUUCCCGUAAAUACGAAUUGGCAGCAAUACAUUGACUCAGCGGAAACGGUGUUCGAAGAUUUAAAAUUGGAAUCCCGACAGAUUUUAUCGUCUAAAGCGGAUGAAGUUUGUCGUUUGAUGGAGAAUGAAGCGUAUAAAAAUGACCUGUGGAUGUGGGACCAGGACUGGUCUGCGCAGACAUUAAAAUUAAAAAAAACUCCUAGCAAAAGUUCCAAAAAGGCUGAAAGUGAUAUUAAGCAACUCCUUAGUGAAAAAACAAAUGAAAGACCGAUAAAUACCGACCGAACAUUCGAGACCUUAAGUAACGAAUACAUUGAAAGCUUAGAGCGUGAUAACGAUAUUGAUCCAAAAAUACAAGACAUAAAUGAUUUGAAUAUAAAAUUUCGUCAUUUGUAUGAAUUAGAAAAGUCGCUGCCGGUGAAAAAGCCAUAUUUGGCUGGAUAUCCGGCUUGGUAUAGAAAACUAUGUACAAAGCCAGGCAAAGAUUUAGAUUGGAUUCCGGGUGCUAACAAUAUUACAACGAGUAUGCAGAUAACGCCAAAGCUUUUACGCCUCUCAUGGGAAGGCUAUCCUAUCCACUACAUUCAAUCCGAGGGCUGGGGAUUUCUAGUGCCGUUCAGUAAUACCCGAGAGGAAACUAAGGAAGAACCGGUGGUGCCAUUGGAGAAAUUACUGGAAACCUGCCCCAUGUUGCACUGCAAAGAGAGCCAAGUUCAGGCUGAUGUGCAAAUGCUACCUAAAACUGUAGAGGAAGACCUAGGCAGAAGAGCUUAUUAUGCUAGGAAGAAGAAAGAAGAACAGGCGACAGCUAAUCAGUACCACGGGUUGGGGGUUUGGUGUGGGAUUCAGGUACAGGGUUGCUGCCAUUUCUUACGCCUACCACACAAAGAUGGACCAAAGUAUAAAGUUGGUAAUCCACUAGCGAAAGAUUUUCUGAACAUGUUCAGUCAGAAUGUUUUGUCCGCGCAGGGAAACGACGCUGAAAAGGUGCUGUCAUUCGGUCGCAUGAUGUCGUACUGGCGCAACAACAGGGAGCGCGUGAUGGGGCAGCAAGUGGUGUGGCUGCCGGAUCACUUGCUGCCCGACCCUCUGCGGAACACCUUGCGACGUUACGGAGCCAUCGUACCGCAGGUGGUGGUCUGCGGAACUUUGACGAGACGGGCCUCCGAGCCGACUUGGAUGACGGCCAGCAACGCCAACAGCGAGCGUAUCGGUUCCGAGCUGCGGGCGCUCGUGCAAGCUCCGCCCGGGUACAAGUUCGUGGGCGCAGAUGUCGACUCGCAGGAGCUGUGGAUCGCGGCGCUGCUGGGCGACAGCGCGUCCGGCGUGUGCGGCGGCAGCGCGUUCGGCUGGGCCGUGCUCGCGGGCGACAAGCGCCGCGCCACCGACCUGCACGCGCUCACCGCGCGCGCCGCCGCCGUGCGCCGCGACCACGCCAAGGUCAUCAACUACGCGCGCAUCUACGGCGCCGGACAAAAUUUCGCCGAGCGCUUGCUGAAGCAGUUCAACCCGACGAUGACGAUAUCCGAGGCGAAGAGUAAGGCGGCCAAAAUGUUUUCCACCACGAAGGGGAGGCGAGUUUAUCGACUCAAGGAAAAGUUUUCGGAAGGUUUUAUCGAUGAGGAGCUGGGAGAUCGGCCUUUAGAAAUGUCGGCACACCAAGCGAUGCGUCUCGCUAAGCUCAGCGGCAAAAAGGUUGACGAAAUGUUUGAGCGCCCUGUGUGGGUCGGCGGCACUGAAUCGCAAAUGUUCAAUAAACUAGAGGAAAUUGCAGACUCUGAAGCUCCAGCAACGGCGUUUCUAGAAGGCAGGUUGUCUAGAUCGCUGGAACAAGCUGGUGGACGCUGGGGAGGCACUCGUCUCAACUGGGCCGUGCAGAGUGCUGCCGCUGAUUUCUUGCACCUCAUGCUAGUCAGCAUGGCACACCUCGCUCCAAGAGCCAGAUUCUGUUUAAGUUUUCACGACGAAGUGAGAUAUUUAGUACUGGACGAACUCAGAUAUGAAACAGCUUUAGCUCUACAGAUAACUAAUCUCUUCACACGAGCAUUUUGUUCUCAAAGGGUGGGUAUACAUGAUUUACCAAUGUCAGUAGCUUUCUUCACAUCAGUAGAAGUAGAUCAAGUAUUAAGAAAAGAAGCUAAUCUAUGUUGUACCACACCUUCAAAUCCCCAUGGCUUGGAAAAGGGUUAUGGAAUACCAGAUGGAGAAUCGCUAACUAUUUUUGAUGUUCUUGAAAAGUGUAAAUAAAAUUAAUAAUACCGUUA